GAUCAAUAUCUACGAGAUUAUUUUUUACUCGCAGAUUAAUAUCGCAUACCUACACGUCCGGGUUAAGUAUACCUAUCAAAUAAUUUUUGGGAGUGCACGUAUAUCUCAAGUGCGCGAUUUUCUGUCCUCACUUGGUCGUGUAACGAAAAUGCGAAAUAUCAUCGAAAUGCCACCCCUGAUGGAUUACCGACCAAAUCCCCGAGGCAUCGGGUAUUUCUACUACGAGAAUCUGACGAAGCAUUCCGAUAAAAUUGCGCAAAUCGACGGUAAAACGGGCAAAUCGGAUACGUACGGGGAUCUUUUAAAGCGCUGCAUACGAACGGCGAUAUAUUUGCAAGGGCGCAACGUGACCGAAGGCGAUUUCAUCUCCGUGUGUAGCCUCAAUCACUUCGAUAGCUGCACACCCCUGAUAGCCUCCUUCUUUGUCAACGCCAUUACGAGCGCCGUAGAUCCAUCUCUGUCUUCCGCCGACAUUGCGUUUCUCUUAAGGCAAACGAAGCCCAAAGUGAUUUUCACAGAGGCGGACUCGCUGAAUCGCAUCGAAGCCGCAGUGGAGCUCUUGGAGUACAAGGUGACGUUGGUCGUAUUCGCCGAUUCGUCCCAGCAACACGUCGCGUUUGCGCAAAUUUUAAAGUCAUACGAUGACGAUGAGGUGGACCACUUCCGACCCGUGCCCGUAGAGGACUUGAGCGAAAUCGCGCUAGUCUGUUUCAGCAGCGGAACUUCUGGCCCACCCAAACCGGCAGCGCACAGCCACCACGGUCUCAUGUACUCAUACGCCAACAACGCACGCUCGGCCUACAACUUCGGUUUACUCUUCGGAUUUUACUCACCGUACUGGACGCUGUUCUCGCACGGAUUGGGCACCUGCGUUUCGCUCGGUACCGCCCGCCUCCUUCUGCCCAAGUUUGACCCGGCGCACCCCUGGGAGCCGUUCCAUCACAAGGUAACGACGGCCAUAUUAAACGUCUACCAAGCCAUCCGACUGCUGUCCGUCGACAGACCCGAAGGUCUGGACACGACCAGCUUGGACGUUCUGGUUUUGACGGGCGGCACGAUCUCCAACGAGCAGCUGGCGAGGGUGAAUGGCCUGUUUCCGGGAACGAAGAUCUCGAAUGUUUACGGGCAGUCGGAGGUCGCGGGCUAUUUAACUCAAUUUCGGCUGGCGAACUUGGACGACGUCGAGCGGUGCGGCAAGAAAUUCGCCUCGGUCGGGACCGGGCUCCCAGGCUGUUCGUAUAAGAUCGUCGACCUGGGAAGUGGUGCCAUCGUAGGACCGUACCAAAGGGGAGAAUUAAGGGUGAAGAGCGAGAGUCAACUCAGCUGCUACUAUGGCGUGGUGGACGCGGACGUUUACGACGAUGAAGGCUGGCUAAAAACCGGCGACAUUGCCUACUACGACGACGAUUAUUGUUUCUACAUCGUCGAGCGUGUGAAAGAAAUGUUUAAAUGCAGAGGAUUUCAUGUGAUCCCGGCGAUGCUCGAGUCGACCUUGUUGCAGCAUUCCGCCAUUGCUCUGGCGGUUGUUGUGGGAGUUAAGCAUGAGAUGGAUGGCCACUGGCCAGCGGCGAUUGUGGUCUUGCGUCCCGAAAGAAAGAGUAUCGGCGCGGAUGAUAUUCGCGAUUUCGUUAACAAUAGGGUCCAGGACCGGGAGAAGCUGAACGGUGGCGUGAAAAUAGUCGACAGCUUCCCACUGACUGCCUCUGGUAAGGUAAAUCGAAGAAGAAUAAGGGAAAUGUAUGCAAAUGAGUUAACAACCUCAAAAAUAAACUGAUUACAUUUUCCAAAUUC